GAGCAGAUAAAAUAAAGUUUGAUCAUCACCAUAUUGUGGUAACGUAUGGCCUAGAAUUUUUUCUGAUGGUGGUGGUUGUGAAAAAAAAAAAUUACUCUUACGUGCCAGCCAAACUUUUAUCCAAUUUCAUUUCUUCAUUUUUCACUCUUUCCCUGUCUUUUAUUUUUUGAUUUCAACAAAAUGUAAAAAAAACAACAUAUCCACCCAAAAGGGAGUAGAAUACAUUGAUGAUUGAAUGUUGGGUGUCCACUACUAUCACCGUAAAAGAUCGUUAUCUAAUUUUAUUUUUUUUUUUCAUUCCCAGUGGUGGUAUCAAGGACAAAUCUCGCCAAAAAAAAAAAAAUGUCCAACACAGCAAACAAAUCAAAACCAAAAGUAAUCAUAACGAUUGUUACCCAAAGGCUAAAAGUAAAUUUACAAUAUAGAUUCAUAACAAUUUUUGGACACUUUUUUUCGUUGGUUGUGAUGAUUCGGUUGCUAUUUUUUUCCAUUUACCUGAUUUCACCACCUACACAUUGAUCAGAAUCUGCAGAAUAGGAAAAAAUCAUUCAUUUCAACGAGAAAUUAUCGAAAUUGAUCAACGAACGGGAAAAAAAUCAUUAAAAAUCAAAUGAAUGAUUGAUAUCUCAACUAUAUUCACCACCACAACAAUAGCCAACGACAUUAAAUUUUUGCCAUUCCUAAUGGUUUUUCAUCAUCAUCAUCACAACAACAACAGCAACAACAACAACAAAAUAUGGCUCAUAUUGUUGCCAACAAUAAUAAAGUUAAAAGGCAAAAACAGCAACAGCAGCCUCAUCUGAUUAUUUACAAUAAAAAUAAAAGCCACAAAUAUCGAUCACUAAUCUUCAUUUCAUGUUGGCAUUUCAUUUUCAUUAUAAUCAUCAUUAUCAUGUUAACAUUUUUUAGAUUCAUUGAUGCUAAUAAUUUAAGCCCAGAAAUGUUAAUAAAAAAUGUGAUCAAAGAGCAAUUAUCACGGCAACAACAACUACAACCGCAUCAGCCACAAUUACACCAUCAUAGGCAUCAUAUGCGUCAAUCAAUAUCAAAUGGUCAGGAGACAACAACAACAACAACAAAAGGAAUAUUGCCUCUAGCAUCGUUGACAUUACUACCUUCAUUAUCGAUAACUACAACGACUACUUCAACCCCUCCAACUAUGACAUCCGGAUUUUCAUCAACAACGAUUCCCGUAACGGCAAAAUUAAGAAAGAAAAAACAAACAACAAUUAUGCAAUCCAAUAAUAAUGGCCACAAACAAGAAAACAAUCAUCAAUCCUUGGAGGGUUUAAUCAUGAGAGCUAAAUCACCAAUAUCACAACGAAUGAACAAUAUAUUCGAUGUGGAUUCUUUUUUGCCUCAAGGUUAUGAUAAACUGAUGCCACCAAAACAGAAUGGAAAACCAACAAAAGUUCGUUUUCAUGUCUGGGUACUCGGUUUGGAUUCAAUCGAUGAAGGUUCAAUGACAUAUGUUGCCGAUAUAUUCAUGUCACAAUCAUGGAAAGACAAUCGUCUGGUCAUACCAGAUGAUAUUGAAUUCAAUGUUAAUGCCAGUAAUGAUCCACGUGGUCCAUAUCGUUUAUUGCCAUUAACAUUUAUUGAUAAAAUCUGGAGACCAGAUUCAUUUUUCAAGAACGCCAAAGAAGUGACCUUCCAAGAGAUGACUAUUCCAAAUCAUUAUAUUUGGCUUUAUUCUGAUAACACUAUCUUAUACAUGGUCAAAUUAACAUUACUACUUUCAUGUGCAAUGAAAUUUCAGACCUAUCCACAUGAUACACAGAAUUGUACGAUGAAAAUUGAAUCCUUAUCUUAUACGACCAAUGAUCUAGUAUUCGAUUGGGAAGAAUCCGAUCCAUUAGUUGUUGAAGAACAUAUUGAAUUGCCACAACAUGAUCUGAUCAGUAAAGAUAUUGAUUAUUGUACCACCGAUUAUUCAUCUGGAACAUUUGCCUGUGUUCAAGUUAUAUUCACAAUUAAACGUCGACUUGGUUAUUAUAUAUUUCAUACAUAUAUACCAACAUGUUUGAUUGUAAUAAUGUCAUGGAUAUCGUUUUGGAUCAAACCGGAAGCCGUGCCUGCUCGUGUUACAUUAUGUGUAACAUCAUUGCUAACAUUAUCAACACAACAUGCACAAUCACAGAAAUCAUUACCACCGGUUUCAUAUAUCAAAGCUAUUGAUAUAUUCAUGUCAUCAUGUACGGUAUUUGUGUUUGCAUCACUUAUGGAAUAUGCCUUGGUCAACAUUUUAAUGGCCGAUGAAUUGCUUAAUGGUGGUUUUGGUUUAAAUUGGUCAUGUGAACCGAAUACUGCCAAUCCUAAUUUGACUACAACAACAAGGAAUCGAUCACGAUCUAAUGAACGGCAACAAACUGAAUCGAAAAUAAUACAACGGUCACGAUCAGGAACAACUAAAGAAAUGCUCAAUCAACGCUAUCAACAACAACAGCAACAACAACAACAACUGAAUGCCCAUUUUUAUCAUCAUCAUAAUGCUCAUCAUCAUUCUCAUCAUAACCAUCCACCGUCUUGUUCCGUCCGUUCACUUAGUCUAACAAGGUUAGAUUUGGCUAGCCAAGUCAAUGAUUUCAAUGAUGAUAAUGAUGACGAUGGCGACGAUGAUGUUACUGCUGCUGCUGCUGCUGAUGCUGAUGCCAAUGCACGAUUCGAAUACAGUGACGACAUUAAAACGAAUGGAUCGACAGUAUCAAACUUACGACAUAGAAUUGGAUCAAUUUUCAAUUAUGAUAAUAAUAUAACGACGAAACCAAAAUUCAACGAUCGAUUCAAAAACCAUUCUGUUUAUAUGGUUCCGGAUUUCGUGUAGGCAGUACAAGUGAUGAUUCUAGCCCAAAACAGGAAAAAAUUUUUCAUAGCCGUAAAACAACAUUCGGUAGCCGUAAUGAUCUACA